AUGGGAAGGGGAAGAGUUCAGCUAAGGCGGAUCGAGAACAAGAUAAGGAGACAAGUAACAUUUUCGAAGCGAAGGGCGGGUUUGGUGAAGAAAGCUCAAGAGAUCUCAGUCUUAUGUGAUGCUGAUGUUGCUUUGAUUGUCUUCUCCCCUAAAGGCAAACUCUUUGAGUACUCUGCUGGUUCCAGCAUGGAGAGAAUUCUAGAUCGAUAUGAGAGAUCUUCAUACGCCGGUCAAGAAACUCCAACACCAAAUCUAGACUCACAGGGCGAAUGUUCAACAGAAUGUUCUAGGCUCUUGAGGAUGAUUGAUGUCAUGCAAAGAAGCGUAAGGCAUUUAAAAGGGGAAGAGGUGGAUGCUCUAAGUAUCAGAGAGCUUCAGGGUCUGGAGAUGCAACUUGAUACUGCCCUAAAAAAAACUCGCUCUAGAAAGAACCAGCUCAUGAUAGAGUCCAUAGCACAACUUCAGAAAAAGGAAAAGGAACUAAAAGAACUGAAGAAACAACUAACAAAGAAGGCUGGUCAAAGAGAAGACUUUGAGCCACAAAACCUCAGGCAUGACUUGGCUACGCCUCCAUGUGCAUCACCACAAGCGCUUCCCCGACCUAUAUCUCCUCCUCCUCCUAUAUCUUUUGGGGAAACGUCACAAAGGAAUGGAGUGGAGGGAGUAGCUGCCGGAACCCUAAUUCGGAAUACGAAUACAACGUUGCCGCAUUGGAUGCCCAGGCUCACCGGAGAAUAAGUACCCUUUUGGUUUGUUAAUUUUCAGUGCUUAAUAUAAAGUAAUGGAAUAAUUUAUCCGAAUACAAGAAAUUAUCUUAUGCUUUGAUAAUCUUA